AUGUCAUCGAAAGGAGAAACAGAGGCCGAUUCUGGCACGGUGUCGCCGAAUUUAUCUACAGUGAAAAAUGAACCGGUCACUACAGCCAGUAAAGAUACCCCCAAAAGGGGCAACAGCACAUUGCUUAAAUGUUCAACUUGCAACAGUUUUAGUACACUUAGUAGUCGUGCUUUAACUACACAUAUGGCUCAGUGUUCACCAGACAACAAUAAUGUGGCUGCAGCACAAAAUACAGAUGCAAGACCGCAUAGAAAGCUGUUUGAAUGUGAUGUGUGCAAUAUGAAAUUUUCAAAUGGGGCUAACAUGCGCAGGCAUAAAAUGCGCCACACUGGUGUAAAACCAUAUGAGUGUCGCGUAUGCCAAAAAAGAUUUUUCAGAAAAGACCACCUAGCGGAACACUUUACAACACACACAAAAAGCUUGCCAUAUCAUUGCCCAAUAUGUAAUAGAGGUUUUCAACGACAAAUUGCAAUGCGUGCACAUUUUCAAAAUGAACAUGUUGGUCAGCAUGACCUUGUUAAAACUUGCCCACUCUGUAGCUACCGUGCUCCUACUAUGAAGAGUUUAAGAGUUCAUUUCUUCAAUAGGCAUGGCAUUGAUUUGGACAAUCCAGGUCCAGGAAACAAUUCAGUGUCCCUUUUAGCUGCUGGUAUUGCAAAUGCAGCUUAUGCAGAUGGCACUAUAGAUCCUAGUACAAUUAAUGCACUAGGGUCUUUAGGCUCAGGACUCUCUGUAUCUGUAGCUGCCGCAUAUUCUGACAGUGGUGACAGUAACGGUGAACGUUCUGUGGAUAAUGCAACACCACCAAUGCAUUACUUGACACCUCAUGUGGAAAUAUCCAUGCCUGAUAAUAAUGAGACAUAUUCUCCUGUUCAGCCCAACCACUUAAUUAACACAGAAUCACGAAUGAACGGCGAAGGCCCUAAUUCACCACAAUCUGGCGACAGUGCUGUGGCUAGCAGUUCACUUUCAGCAGGUCUACCUACCAACAUAACACCAUCUAUUACUCUCAUACCAAUCAAACAGGAACCAAAUACACAGGAAGAUGGUGGUACAGGAGAAAUGCGGGAUGGUGAAGCAAAUGGUGGUGAUAAGCGAGGUGUAUCUUCAAGUCUAUCUUCUUUGAUUAAAGUUUCACCACUAAAAAGCUUGCUACGGGAGGAUCUGCGCAGACGAAUUUCAGCGCGUGGCCGAUCACGAGGAUCAAAUACCUCACGAGCUUCUCCAUCGGAGGGAGGUGUGAUAACAUCCACACAUGGUGACACUGCAAUGCUUCCUUCAUCACUCGUAUGUACAUUCUGCUCCAUAACAUUUCCCGACUCAACGCUUUACUUUUUACAUAAGGGAUGCCACUGUGACUCUAAUCCAUGGAAAUGUAACAUUUGUGGCGAGCAAUGUUGUAAUGUUUACGAAUUCAACUCCCAUCUGCUAAGCAAGAGCCAUCAAUGA